AUAAAUUGUCACUUGGUACUUGAAACCUGUUGUCUCAAACGAGCACCACUCAACGUUUAAUUAAGCGCCACUGAAUAGCUAACGUAAUAUUUCAGGACUCAUUAACGCCAGCGCACAAAUGUCAAGCUAACCAGCUAGCUUAUAGCUGGCAGUUGUCAGCCGCUGUAGCGGACAGCUCUGCCGAAUCGUCAGAAAAUAGCAGCUGAGCUAUUCCGUUACCAUAUUUGAACGACCACCAGAGUAAUAGUUGAUAUUUAAUGACAGCUACUUUGCAAAGGCUAAACACGCAAAGGGGCGUCUUUUUCCUUAUUAGCUAACGGAAGGGUCAACUGCUAACGUUGUUUUGUAGCUAACCUGAAAUUAACCGUUACGCAUUUUUGGCACAUAAAAUGUGCAUCGCCACCGAAUGUCUUUGGCAAAACAACAGUAAGGUUAAGUUUCGACCAGGAAACGUUAACGGAAAUAACGCUAGUUUGAGGUUAAUGCCAAUUAUUGGGAUUUAAACGUUAUCUAACGCUCUACGGUCAGCUAAAUAGUUAGCUAACUAACCUAAUUAACCUUAUUUGAGAUUUGGUGGCGAGGAGACAGUUCGUAAAUUAUCAGUCAGCAAAGCAUCUAUAGGCGUCAAAUAAGCUGACCAAGAUGGCGAGGCAAGCAGGCAGGGUAAUCCUGUUUCACGUCGAAAUAUUACCAAGUCUUACGUUAAAGUGAAUGACUGUCACUGCUUAUACUUUUUAUUCAAAUAAGGUGCUAAUUUACCGUUAUACUAGCAAUGCUCAGGUUAGCUAACAUUACGAAACUAUAGCAAUCCAAUAAACAGCUCUCUAUUAAAACAUACCCUCAUGAAUGUUGUGAUAAUUUCAGUUGGACGCUGUUUCAUAGAAGUUGUUAAUUCACCUUUAUGGUCGUUUAUGAAGCCAGUGAUUUAUGGUGCUGCUGAGUUGCAUUACCCUCAUUAACCCAGCUGGGUUGGGCAAAACACACCUCUCUGUUUAAGGCAAUACAAUUCUGGACCGCCACAAACCACAGUCUGCAAAACGACCAUAAAGUUGAGCCAACACUUGUCUGAAACACAUGCAACAGAAACUGAGCAUUAUAAACUUGGUGAAGGUAGGAUUUAAUUGCAGCAUGUUUGUCCUUUAGACUACAUUAAUUUUAGUAAGGUGUACCUUUAUAAACUGGCAACUGAGUAUAUAUCCCAGGAUACAUGCCACCUGCAGCUUGUAAUAUAGCAUCAUAUACACCAUGUAGUAGUGAGACACAACCAACACAAGUGUUUAACCAUGAUAUGCAAAUGUUUUAGUUUAUUUCUAUUUAACUGUCUUGUUUAUUGCUUAAUAACACAUUUGCAUUUUCCUCCUUGUAUUCUGCUGUAGGUGGUUUAAAGAUUAAAGUGCUGUGUUGUGGUUUAAAAUGUUCUAGUAAUCCUGCCUUAUUUACUGCUGUUCAUUUCAGUCUGACAGGCUGCUGGCUUGCUGAGCUAUCUUUGGCCACAGGUGCUAGAGCUAAUGUCCAUGGAGCCAUAUCACUACCAGGGAGUAACUUGUACUGUACCGCCUUAUGUCAGAAACUCUCAACUCUUCCUUUCAGGCAAUCCGUGAUGGACUCCAGGUCUCGCAGACUUCCUUGUCUGCCCAGUAUAAGGUCGUCCUACACAUCCAGUCCAUCAGUGUCCUCCUCAUCGCUGGGCUCCAGUAGGUUGUACAGUAGGGAGACAGUGCUCAACAAUGACCGCUUCCCGAGGGCAUCAUCAUCUUACAAAGCAGAUCUGGACCAUCAGAGUUCUCGUCUCCUGGGGUCGCCCAGAGACUACAGCAGCUCUGACAGUUGCUCCACCAGCUGGAAGUUACCCUCUUCUCGGACAACCUCCAGCAGAUCUUAUGACCGCCCGUGGGCUGAAUCCUCUCUCAGCAGCAGGAGCAAACUGACUGAUUCUGAGGGGAGGUUGGGGAUGCGCUCAGUUCUGUUGAACGCCACUGAUGAUGGCGAUUCUAAAAGGGCCAAACUGUCAUACAGCAACAGAGGACUGUACUCAAGAACGCCCAGCACCUCAGUUUCAGGAUCCACCUAUUCCAGUAAUGGGCUUAGCAGUGGCAGAGGUGCAGGCGAAAAACAAAACGACACGCUCAAUUCAUCAUGGAGCUCAUGCCGUUUACUCUCACGGUCGUCAUCUUCCUCAGCAAAGCCACUGUUGUCCAGGAGAGAGCUAGAGACAAAGAACGAGCCCAGUCUCUCAGGUUUGGGAGAAAGAAGGACUAGUACUGCUGGAUUGGCUUCUUCAUUGUAUCAGACAGACAGGGUGACCUCCACAUAUGCACAGGGAGCUCGCCCUAAAGAGACUACCUACCCUCCCUCUUCCUCCUUCUCCUCGUCUUACUCCUCUGCUGCUAGAGAAAGCUCCCUUAAUCGCCACCUCUUAUCUUCCACCUCCCACCGGUCUUCUCCUCUGGGCCGUGACUUCAGCACCAGAAGCACAGCCCGUUUCUUGAACAACUCAUCCACCCUUCACUCAUCUCAGGAACAAACAAGGAACCCGGAAUCCUCCUCAGAUAUCUCCUCCUCCUCCUCCUCCUCUUACUCCUCCCGCACCCCCUGGUACACAUCUCCCCUGGCCAGACCAGAGGCCACGCUCCCUUCUAGGUCGGCCCCUGAAGGAGGAGAGCAAGAGGGCCGUCGCUCCACUCGUCACCUUCUGUCCCGUCUCUUUUCACGCCGCUCCAGCCAAGACUCCUCUAGUGGAUCGUCCAGCAUUCGCUCCCUUGACGAUGACAAUCCGUCAACUGGUGGAGAGUCUGUGGACAGUGACGAGGGAGCCAGGAUGUCUAGUGUGGAGCCUGACGCUGGAGGUUCGGAGGCAAGCUUGGGUGUCCUCAGGAAUUGUAGAGCAGACCUCGCCCCGAUCCGGGAAAACGACAGCAACGGCUAUCGUAGUGGCUCUGCUCGGCCCAGGAUGUCAUUGUGGAGAGAGCCCGAUGUUAGCAGCAGUAAUAACACAAGCAGUGGAGGAGGCAGCAAUGCCUCCUGGCUCUCCUCCUCCCUCCGUGGCCGCUGUCCUCCCCUUCUCUCUCGCCUCAGAAGACACGCCAGGGAUGAGAGCACACACUCAGCUGCAGGCUCAGAGGAAAGCUACAGCCGCCCGCAGCAUUUACUGAGAAGGUGGGAUAAUCUCGAGCACAACGCAUCACAGGAUGAUGAUGAUGAUGACGACGAUGAUAAAGAUGAUGAUGAGGAGGAGGGUGAUGAGGAUGAAGAGGAGAAGGAGGGAGCAGUUGGUUUGGAGGCAUUUGGUGCAGGUCGUCCCGGCAAACUGGAGGAUGACCCUUUGCCUGAACUGGAAGAUGCCUCUGUUGACUUUUCUCCACGCCGCAGACUCAGGGUGUACGAAAACAUGUCAGUUCCUAUGCGCCCGCCGAGUGGUGUGGAGAGCCAGCAGGAGGGCCAGAGGGAGAAGUCCAUUUCCAGUAGGGAUCAAGAGAAGCUGCGCAAGAUCAAGGAGCGGCUGCUGCUGGAGGAUUCAGACGAGGAAGAUGGCGACCUGUGCCGAAUCUGUCAGAUGGGGGAGGAAUCGGCAUCCAACCCCCUGAUUCAACCUUGCCGCUGUACAGGCAGCCUGCAGUACGUCCACCAGGAGUGCAUCAAGAGGUGGCUUCGCUCCAAAAUCGGCUCGGGCACAAACCUUGAGGCCAUCACAACAUGUGAACUCUGCAAGGAGAAACUGCGUUUGAACAUAGACAACUUUGACAUCCAGGAGUUAUACAGGACACACGUGCAAUCAGAAUAUGAUGAGUUCAUCAGCAGUGGCCUCUAUCUGGUGGUGCUGCUGCACUUCUGUGAGCAGAGGUUCUCUGACGUCCUGGGAGCAGUGGAUGCAGCCGGGUUAUUCAACCUGGUGAGAAUUCUUCAUGAACACAUGGACAAUCUUGAAAUCCUCCACGGUGAAAGUGACGCAGAGAGCCGAGACAACAGACCGUCUAUUGAUUUUUCCGACCUGGACGACGAUCUUGAAGACGAGUGAUAGUCGUGUGAAAGUGGUGGAAUGAGGGGGGAGAAAAAAAAAAAAGUGGGUCAGAAGUUGCAGGGCUUCUCAUUGCCAUAUGGUAGCUCACCCAGUUUUCGCACAUGCUUCUACAUCAUCACAUUCAUCAGAAAUGCAACGGCAGUGAGAAAUGCCGACUGCACAGAACGGGUCUCGCCUUUGUUGCAGGUGGCUUUUGCAGAUAUGCAAACUCGAACUAGUGCGUAAAAAUAUUUUGGUUGACACCACCGUGUUUGUUUCUGCGAGAGUGCACUUUAUUCAGUUAUAAUCAAAUAAAAAUGCAAGUCUUUUUAACUGUGAUACCACAAGUGCUUUAAUGUUAAAAGCUAAUGGCAGAAAUGGAAAAAGCAUGAAAGGGCAACAUUGUGCUUAAGGUGUCGUGGUAAGACAGAUGCUUUUUGGAGGGAAUAUAAAAAGUGGUGAUUAUUCCUUUUAUUGUCCGUUUCUCUCUCCUUUCCCAAUGAGAAUAUGUUUUGAAAACACUUAACCCAUUGAACUUUCUUCAUCUUGUUUGUGUUUGAAAUGCUUUAUGUAUGUACAAAUUAAGUUUUCAUGCUUUGAAUUUUGGGAAUAAAGAUUGAAUGCAAACUG